AUGAAUUCCCGUCACUCCUCUCCGCCCUCUGACAAUGCUCCAGGACCCAGCAAUCUUGCCCGCCCAAUGUCCAUCUCCACCAUCUCGAUGCCGCCAUCAUACCAGACCAACCCGCCGCACCCCUCCCAGCAGCCACUGACCCGCCUCCUCCUCUCAACGGUCCCGCAAUCCUUCAAUUCCGCUACACAACACCCUUUCCUCCGCCAAGCCGGCCUCGGCACUCUCCCCAAAGCCACCCUUUCGCGCUGGCUUUCCCAAGACCGUAUCUACGCUCAAGCGUACGUCAACUUCAUCGGCGCACUCAUAGCCCGCAUCCACCUACCACACCACCAUAUCCCUGGCAGCGACAAGUCCAAUUCUCUCCGGUGGCGCAUCUUAACCCUCCUCACCUCCGCCCUCACCAACAUCCGCCGCGAGCUCGACUUUUUCGACGACACCGCCGCCAAGUAUGCCCUGCAACUCGAGGCGGGCGUCAAGGAGGGUGCCCCUUUCGAGCCAGUUUCUUGCACCAAGCAGUAUGAAGCCCUCUUCCGCGCCUUCGCCAGCGACCCCAGCAUGUCCCUCCUCGAAGGCAUGGUCGUCCUCUGGGCCACCGAGACCUGCUACCUCCACGCCUGGAAGUACGCCCGCAGCUUCUGGCCCGAAGAGCGCUCCACCAAUCCAGACCGCGCCGUCGACGUGAACCUCAACCGCAAGCCCCUCCCCUCCAGUCUGGGCGCUCCUGCUACCCACCAAUCUCCCACCUCGAGCCACUAUAGCGAGAACCCGGCCCACAACGGGCCUGAUACGCCGGUCGAGGAGCGCGACGUUUACGACGCGCCGGAACUGGUGGUGGAACGGCGCCGGGAUGCGGACGGCGGCGCAUUACGCGAAGCAUUCAUCCCGAACUGGACGAGUCGUGAGUUCGAAAAAUUUGUAGAGGAGAUUGGUGAGUUGAUGGACGAGCUGUGCGCGAGGGAGGAGGGCUGGCGGCGGAUCGAGGUCUUUAAGGCGGUGUGGGAACAUAUAUUGAGUAUCGAGCAGGGCUUCUGGCCUGAUGUGUGA